AGGUGAAGAGAAAUUUUCACCAUGAAAAGAAGCAGAACGACCGCGCCCGAGGCGGUGUCGUCCUCCAUAUUCUCCAUCCCAAACCCCAUUCUCAUGGAAAUUUUGAGCAAACUACCCAUCACCACAAUCCGCAAUUGCAGGUGCGUAUGUUCAUAUUUCCGUAACUUAAUUUCAGACCCUGAAUUUGCUCAACUCCACCUCCCUAAAUCACAACCCCACCUCCUGUAUCGCGGCGAUGAGUGUACCGAUGACACCCUUUUCAAACUCAAUCUACCUGAGGGAUUGGAGGUUUUGAGUUCCUGCAAUGGUUUAAUUUGCUUAUACUUGCCUAGGACUUAUAACCCCUAUUAUGUAUGGAAUCCGGUUGUCGGUGAACGUGUGAUUGUACCCCAAACAGAAAAGGCUUUUUUUGGUCAAUGCGGUUCUGGGUUUGGAUUCUGCUCAGGGACUAAUCAAUACAAAGUGUUGCGGUUUUUAACUCCUAGUACGGGACUAAUCAAAUUGGAGGCUGAAAUCAACACUUUAGGGACUGAUUUGUGGAGGAGAGUUGGAGAUGCUCCGCUCUACCUGCAUUGGUAUUCGGGUGGUUGCUUUUUGAAUGGAGGUCUUCAUUGGAUUGUCCACGACACCGAGAAUCGUUUCGAAUCGAUGUGUUGUUUUGACUUUGGGAAGGAGCGAUUCCAACCGUUUCCAGGGCCUUCUAAGUUUCGUGGACUUCGGGUGGAUUCGAUGAAUAUGGGGGCGUUGAAGGAUGGUCUGUACGUAUUUUUUCAAACUACUAUUCAUACGCUUGAUAUAUGGGUGAUGAAGGAUUAUGCGGUGCAGGAGUCUUGGACUAGAGUAUUCGCCGUUAAAAUCCCACGGGUAGAACCUUUCUGUGGUCCGAUUUAUCGACCAUUAAUGGUCUGGAGCAAAGGAGGUAACUUGUUGAUUUGUUCUUUAUCCGGUGGUCUGUUUGAAUGGAAUAUGAGGGACAGAAGUUUAAGAAAGGUCAGGUACAAUGGGAAAUAUCCAUCUGUCUUUAGAGCGAUGGUGUACAUUCCAAGCUUUAUUUCAAUUAAGAAUGCUGCCACGAGGAGAAACUAUUAAGAUGUGCAGGGGCUGAGAUGUUGGAACAUUUUCGGGAGGGAGGACAACUAAACAGAUCCCUUUUGUGGUUGAUUGAUUCAGAUAGAGAGUUACCUUUCUGGUGUAGUGGUGCAGGGACUCCAUGAAAUGUUAAAGCAACCAAGACUCACUGCGUUCGCUGUUUAAGUACACUAGGCAGUCAAUGGUUUGUGUUUCCACAUCAUAGUUUUCGGUGUUGCAACAUUUUCACACGGAUAUAACUGAUGAUAGUUAGAAUAUGGUAAAUUGUCUACCUUUGUUUCUAGUUCUGUCCCAUGUAAGUAACCCGUGGCAAAUUUCUUUGGACAUGGAUUCUACGGGUUUUUGUCUAGGUUUUCGCAAGCACAAUAAUUGGGACUUUCCUUCUCUUUGGAAAGAACAUAAUUGUGGAAAGUGUAAAGCAGAUUUGGUUUCUUUA